UCAAUUUCGUUUUUUCUUCUCUCAUCUGUUCCUGUUUAUUACCAGCAAGAAAGGAAUCAAGUCUCUUAUGUUGUUUCUGUUAUCGAAUUCCUUUUUCUUUCUUUUUUAUUGUCGGAUUUCUUCACUUUUUUUCUCAUCGAUCGACGCUGAUCUGAAGAAAGAAGAAAACGAGAAGCAAACAACCUCCGAUCAUCGAAUCAACGAGGAUUUUCUCAUAGUUGAUUAUAGAAACCGAAAGUAAACGCGCGAAGAUGAAUAGAAACCAUGGGUUCAAAACAAAACGAAGGAACUAGCUUUCCACCACCAUCGGAGCCAAAGCUUUGCGCCAACGGCUGUGGGUUUUUCGGCACGGCAGUGAAUAUGAAUCUCUGUUCCAAAUGUUAUCUGGACCUCCGUGCCGGGGAGGGGCAAGCUGUCCAGGUGAAAGCUGCCAUGGAGAAAACUCUAAGAGUCAAAACUAUGAAGGAAGAUGAGGUUGUAGAGACUUUGACGCCUGUUCUUGAGGUGUCCCAUGUGGGUUCAUCCUCGACCGUGGUUGAGCAACAACCAUCUGUUGUUGCCGAUGAUAAACCGGCGGAGCCGAGGGUGGGAAACAGGUGCUUUAUUUGCAGAAAGAAGGUUGGAUUAACUGGAUUUAAGUGCAGGUGCGAAAGUACUUUCUGCGGCGAGCAUCGUUAUCCGGAAAAACACGAAUGCGCCUUUGAUUUUAAGGGUGCAGGACGCGACGCCAUUGUCAAGGCGAAUCCAGUCAUUAAAGCCGACAAAGUGGAAAGGUUCUGAAAAAG